ACCCAAUUUAACAUCGGAUUUCAUCCCUAGCAAUUCUCAUCAACUAAACAAAAAGCUCCCAACAAUUUAUAAUAUGUAAAUCUAUAAAACAAUACCUUAAAUCUAAAAUUAAUUGAUGAGUCUCUCUCACGCAGACAUAUACCAAGCAUAGUAGAGUGAAUCGGAGAGCUUUUUGGAAAAUCAAGAUCUCAAAAUGGGGCAAAAGAGUGGCGCUAAUGAUAAAGGUACAGAAGAAGAUGGCAUGUCCGUACAUUCCCCUUCUAAACCUUCUUCGUCCGCUCUUCGUAAGGGGCUAUUGCAGGUGGAUUUGGAGAUAAGGUUGUUGGAGGCUCUUGAAACCUAUCCUCUCUCCAAAUUAAGUGGCAUGCAUCGUCACUUUGUCCUUUACAGCCUAACAGAAUAUCUCCAGAGAAGCUUCAACCGGCAAUUUACUCCUGAUGACGUGUUGCAGCUGCUGGAUCGAUUCUAUAACUUGGAAAUGAUGAAACCAGAUGAUGAGGAUGCAGAAAUCCUGAAUCAAGAGGAAGAUUUCUGCUUGCCACAAAGUUAUUUCUUGAAGGAAGAAUCUUGAAUGACACAGUUUGGAAAUAAUGCUAGUUUUCGGCUGCAUCUAUGGCGUUUAUGUAUAGUAGUAAAGUAUAUAAGGCCUUUCUUUUCUUUAUCUGUUAUGUCAUUUUCAGCAGAGUAGAACUUUUAGCGGAUCUCCCAAUUAGGCAGUCUAAUCUUACUAGAUAAUAUUUCCUGAUGAUAAUUGCUUUUUAAUUUCC